AUGACUGCCAGCCCGGAAUAUUUUGAAUUUUCAAUACGGCCACACUGUUGGCAACACGUGCACGAAUUCGACAUUUGAUUUGAAUUUGUUUUUAUUUGAUCGUGUUUGUACGAAAAGCCAGCAGCAAUGGGCAAGAAAACGAAAGUUGGAAAGACCCGUAAGGAUAAGUUCUACCAGUUGGCCAAGGAAACGGGUCUGCGAUCGCGUGCCGCCUUCAAAUUGAUCCAGCUGAAUCGCAAAUUUGGUUUCCUCCAGCAGUCGCAAGUAUGUUUGGAUUUGUGCGCAGCUCCCGGUGGCUGGAUGCAGGUGGCCAAGCAGAAUAUGCCAGUAUCCAGCAUUGUGAUCGGCGUGGAUCUCUUCCCCAUCCGUCCCAUUGCCGGAUGCAUUGGCCUCGUUGAGGAUAUCACCACCGAGAAGUGCCGCCAAUCGCUGACAAAGGAGCUGCAAUCGUGGAAGGCCGAUGUUGUGCUCCACGAUGGUGCUCCCAAUGUGGGCAGGAACUGGCUGUACGAUGCCUAUCAGCAGAUCUGCCUCACCCUCAAUGCCCUCAAGUUGAGCACACAGUUUCUGCGCAACGGCGGCUGGUUUGUGACAAAGGUUUUCCGCUCCAAGGAUUACAAUGCCCUGCUCUGGGUGCUCAAGCAGUUGUUCAAGAAGGUGCACGCCACCAAGCCGAGUGCCUCGCGUAAGGAAUCCGCCGAGAUAUUCGUCGUCUGUCAGGGCUACCUGGCACCCGAUCACAUCGAUCCCCGUCUCCUGGACUCGAAGUACGUGUUUGAGGAGCUGGAUCUCGAUGCCAAGAAAAAGAGCAGUCUGCUGCAUCCCGAAAAGCAGAAACGCAUCAAGGCCGAGGGCUACACGGCACAGGAUAUUGCCCUGCGCAACGAUUUGGCUGCCACAGAGUUCCUGAAGGCUGAAAAUGCUCUGGCUGCACUGCAGGGCAUCGGUUCCAUUCGCAUCGAUGAUGAGCGCAUUGCCAAGCAUAAGAAGACCACGCCAGAGAUCCUUGAGUGCUGCAAGGAUCUGAAGCUAUUGGGCCGCAAGGAUAUCAAGGGACUCGUUCAAUGGUGGAAGGAUGUUAGGGAGCUGUUCGUUAAAAAGGAAACCCCAUUGGUCGUUGGCGAUGCCGAAGAGGAGAAGCCCAAGCCAUUGACGCAAGCGGAAAUCGAGGACAUGGAAGAUGCCGAGCUGCAAACGCAAAUUGACACAAUUGUCGAAGAGGAGAAGAAGGAUUUAAAGCGUAAGCGUAAGAAGACGCUCAAGACUAAGGCGAAAUUGCACGAGAAGAUGAACCUUAACAUGGUGAUCAAGGGAGACGAUGGUCCAGUCGAGGAAAUGGAGCAUGAAAUCUUCGACCUCAAGAAUAUCAACACCUCUGCUGAGCUCGACGAGUUGCUAGAUGUUCAACCUGAUUUUGCCGUCGAUGAAACUCAACCUGAGCAAGCAAAGCUGCCAAAAUACAAGUAUUUCGACAAGGAUGAGGGUAACAUCAAUGAUGAUCUAAACUAUGACGACGACAAUGAUGGGGAACAAAGCGAGGCCUCCGAAGAUGAGGAUCAAAUCAAUGAUAAGCAGGGCCUGGGUCUCAGUGAUGAUGAUGAUGAUGACAAUCCAAAGGGUAAAAACAAGAGGAAAAAGCGCUCCGAGAAUCCGCUGAUUAAAUCUAAUGAUUUCCGCGAUAAAAACACUAAGCGAGAGCAACGCGUACAGCUUUGGUACGAGAAAGAUGUACUACAAAAUAUCCAGUCAGAUGACGACGAAGAAACCUACGAUCUAAACAAUUUAGCCAAGGAAUACAAGGCCAAGGGUGUCUCCGUUCUGGGUGAGAGCAGCCUUACACCGGACGCAAAUGCUGAGGCUAUCCAGGGAAAGAAGGCCAAACGUCGUGCACGCCAUGAAGCCGCAGCUAAAGACAGCAGCUCAGAGUCAUCCGAUUCCGAAGAUGAUGCUAACGAGGAUGGCGAAGGCGAACAGACAGCUGCAGGUACAAACGCAAAGAAGGUUCGCCUAUCCGAAAACGAAAUGGCUCUGGGCGCACUGCUAACUCGCAACAAGAAAACACGCCGUGACCUGAUCGACGCAGCCUGGAACCGCUACGCUUUCAACGAUGAGAACGUUCCCGUUUGGUUCAAACUGGAUGAGGACGAGCAUAUGACCAAGCCAACGCCAGUUCCGAAGGAACUAACCGCCGAGUACCAGCGCAAGUUGCAGGAGGUGAAUGUGCGCCCAAUCAAGAAGGUCAUGGAGGCCAAGGCACGCAAGCACCGUCGUGCCACAAAACGCUUGGCCAAGGCUAAGAAGAUGGCCGAAAAGAUUAUGGAGAACACCGAUGCCACCAACCACGAGAAGUCCAAGCAGCUCAAGAAGGUGUACAAAAAGGCCCAGGAGAAGAAGAAGGAGGUCACAUAUGUGGUGGCCAAGAAGCAAGCGGCUGCUCGUCGCGCCCGUCGUCCAGCAGGUGUAAAGGGUCGCUAUAAGGUGGUGGAUCCUCGCGAGAAGAAGGACAAGCGGUCGAUGGAUGCAAAGAAGAGGCGCGAAAAGGGUGGAAAAGGUCGCAAGGGGAAGGGACGUAAAUAAAUUUAAAUCUAAAAAAUAAAUAUGUAAUAUUUUAUAAAUACUAAAUAUACGUGUAAAAAUCAG